AUGUGUUUCAGUGCUACAGAAAAGAAGGGGGGGAAAUCCGGGAGGGAAGAGGCGCUGCUGGAGCACUUGGCCGAGGUGACCCCCGCGCUGGAGUACCUCAGUCUGCUGGGCAACGAGGCCUGCCCCAACCAGCUGGUCAGCCCCGACAAGGACGAGGACGACUACCAGCGCUACAGAUACUUCGUCCUCCACAAAUUACCGCAGCUCAAGUUCUUGGACACCAGGAAAGUGACCAGGCUGGAGGCGCUGGAGGCGCAGGCGAGGGGCGAGUUCAUGAAGGUGGUCAAGCCCAGACGGGACGCACCUCCGAGUGACGCCGCCCCGGACAAUCACCCUUUGCCUUACACACCUCUGCCCCGCGGCUCCAGAGACGGAAGAAACCACAGAGGCCUGUUCACCAAGUGCCGCUACAUCUACUACGGAAAGCACUCAGAAGGAAACAGAUUCAUCCGGAACGACCAGCUCUGA